UGGCCGCUCGCAGUUCGCAGUCCCACCUGUAGAGCGAGCUCAAAACAAAAGGCUGCGUAUGUGCCGUAGGCGGCUAGCUGGAGAAGCUAGCCAGCGAGGCAGUGGCGCGGCGCCGCUUUAAAAACAGACGUAUCGAUAUGUGUUGUUAAAGACAACAUGGGCGAAAGGGGAACGCUGCGGCAGACGAGCAGUUUUAGACUAGUUGUGACUGUUUCUGUCUCGUAGAAAGGACUCCGUGAACUUUCCUAGCUCACGAGUCGACUUCUGCUCCGGCUCAGAUUUCCUACUGCAAUCCGGGCACUUUCGUUUCGCCGUUUCGGCCUGCUUCUCUCUCUGGAAAUAAUAUUCCAGUCAAGUUAAUUGCACUAGUACCAAACAUGUCGAUCUUGGGUUUAAAGAAGAAACAGCCAAAGACUUUUAAGGUGAAAGUCAUCACCAUGGAUGCGGAGGUGGAGUUCAGCUGUGAGGUGAAGUGGAAAGGAAAAGAUCUGUUUGACCUCGUUUGCCGCACAAUCGGGUUAAGGGAGACCUGGUUCUUUGGGCUCAGGUACAUUGUGAAAGACACUUAUGCCUGGCUGAAAAUGGAAAAGCGGGUUUUGGAUCAAGAAGUUCCAAAGGAAUUCCCAAUCACAUUUCACUUCCUGGCAAAAUUUUUCCCAGAGAAAGUGGAAGAGGAGCUUGUCCAGGAAAUUACUCAACACCUCUUCUUUCUACAGGUUAAAAAGAAAAUCUUGGAUGAGGAGAUAUUUUGCUCUCCAGAAGCCUGCGUUCUUCUGGCAUCGUAUGCUGUGCAAGCCAAGUAUGGUGAUUAUGAUCCAAAUUUUCACAAACCAGGCUUUUUGUCACAAGAUGAGCUUUUGCCUAAAAGGGUCCUGAUGCAGUACCAAAUGACUGCCGACAUGUGGGAAGAGAAGAUUACUGCCUGGUAUGCUGAGCACAGAGGAAUUGCUAGGGACGAAGCUGAAAUGGAGUAUUUGAAAAUUGCUCAAGACCUGGAAAUGUAUGGAGUCAGUUAUUUUUCAAUAACGCAAAAUAAGAGGGAUACAGAUCUGCUGCUGGGUGUGGAUGCUCAAGGGCUUCACAUAUACAGCCCAAACAACAAGCUGAACCCCAACAAGUCCUUUCCCUGGAGUGGGAUCCGCAACAUCUCCUACAGCGAGAAGGAGUUCACGAUAAAACCACUGGACAAAAAGAAGGAAGUCUUUAAGUUCUACUCCUCCCAGCUUCGAGUCAAUAAACUGAUACUGCAACUGUGCAUCGGGAACCACGAUCUGUUCAUGAGGAGGAGGAAGGUAGACACUAUCGAGGUCCAGCAGAUGAAAGCACAGGCCAAGGAGGAGAAGGCUCGAAAAAAGGUGGAGCGCCAGAUCCUAGCCCGGGAGAAGCAAAUGAGGGAGGAGGCUGAGCGAGCUAAGGAGGAGAUGGAGCGACGGCUGUUCCAGCUGCAGGAUGAGGCACGCCUGGCAAAUGAGGCACUGCUUCGCUCAGAGGAGACUGCAGACCUGCUGGCUGAGAAGGCACAAAUUGCAGAGGAAGAGGCCAAGCUGUUGGCCCACAAAGCAGCAGAGGCAGAGCAGGAGCGCCAGCGACUGGAGGUUACAGCUCUCAAAACCAAGGAGGAGAAGCGGCUGAUGGAACAGAAGAUGAGGGAGGCAGAACAGCUGGCUGUGAAGUUAGUGGAGCAGUCGGAAAGGAGGUUGAAGGAGGCAGAUCACCUGAAGCAGGACCUGAAUGAGGCCAAGGAUGCUGAGCGCAGGGCUAAGCAGAAGCUGCUGGAGAUCACCAAGUCUACCUACCCUCUAAUGGCUGCAUACUCCAGCCCCCCUCCUCCACCUGAUGGGACAGGCCUUCACUUGGAAGCCGGGUCUUGCAGGAUGGACUUCAAAGACACAGACAUGAAGAGGCUCUCUAUGGAGAUCGAAAGAGAACGGUUGGAGUACAUGGAGAAGAGCAAACAUUUACAGGACCAACUAAAGGAAUUGAAAUCAGAAAUAGAGUCCCUGAAGUUGGAAGAACAGCAGCAGGGCGGCUUGUUCGCCCACCGUGGGGAUGCCAGAGUAUACGUUGAUCCACCCUACAUCCCCCACAGCAAUGUCGGGCACUAUGAUUUGGAGGUUAUCUACAUUUGAAUCCCCCAGUGAGGAUAAUGGAACAGUCCUGAGGGUAACUCUGCCUUCUUGGCUCACAUGGCAUAUUCUGAAGAGGUGUGAUCGGACCCACAGUUCCAGAAGCUGAUGAUAAGCAUGAAGAGCAGGGAACUGUCUUGUUGCCUUGCACUGAUCAUGGCUACAACAUGUGUAUAUAAUGUUAUGAAUUAACAAAACUUUGUAUUAGCUUUCAAAGCUUUGAAAUACCUCCCAAAAAGUAUCAAGUUUUCCUUUUUUGUUUUUGCCUAAGAUGUUAACCCAGCAUGUUUUGUUUGAUGCACACUUUUUGCAUUUUUUCAAGAUUCAGGAAGAUUAGAGUUCAGCUUUGAGUUUUAUUUUCAAAAAGGGAAUCUUAUAAAAAUGUUAUGUAAAAAGCUAUGCAAUACAUGGGAAUGGAGAUGAGAAUGUCAUUAUAUGAGCCCAAGUGCAGUCUGCAUUACAUUGCUGCCACGCUUGGUGUGUAGUUACCAGUGUGAAGGGGUCUGUUGUACUCUACAUCACAGUAGUUGUCACAUGUCCCUUGUUCACAUGGUUUUUACUGCAGCUUCAGGCAAGCUAUGGUGCUUUGUUCAAAAACCGAAGAUACUAAAACAGGAAAAAGAGCUUGAGCGGACAUUUCUGUUUUUUGUGUUUGUUUUGGUGAGCCUGCACAUUUAUGUUUAAUUUUUUGUAACGUCCGUUUUUCAGUAUCCAAGCAUUGUGCCUUAUUUUUAAUGUACAUUUCCCCAGUGUCUCUGAAAGUGCAUGCUCACAUUUCAGCCCUCUGUUUGCCUUUUGUGAUGCUGGUAUAUGCAGGUUUCUCCUGCUGUUGUUUCUUAACAGGAUGGUCCUACUGGCUGGGGUCCUUCUCCAGUUGUUCUUCAGUCUUUUUGAUAGUUACAGUUCAUGUGUUGAAGCUGCAGUCAUUACACUUGUGAAAUCACGCUCAGUAGUAUUUACACCACUCCAACAAUUUAUUCAUAAGGACUGCUUUGCUGAAACUUGCAUUGGAUGACCAGCAUUCUUGCAUAUACUACUUUUGGUUUGAAUUGUUUUUGAACACCUGACGUCUUUGCCAGCAUAAUGGCAAAGAUUAAAUGUCCAUGCUUUAGUGAUUAGCCAUAAAGCUGGUUUUUAAUUUUUGGUUUGUGAGUCCCCUAUGGUGAAGAAUCACAGUCCAAACAAGAAUUAAAGCACUUAGUCUUAUAAAAGGGCUACUCCAGCAAACACUACCAGGAUUUGGGGGGUCUGUAGUAUUUUGAAACAAUAUGAAAUAUAUUUUUAUGCUUCACAUGUCAUUGGUAGACAUGGAUUUGCAAGUGCCUCACUGUUUUGUACUUUGUGACUGACAUUUAUUUCAA